CUGGUCUGGGAGCAGGAAAUGGCCAAGGAAUGGGGACGGGAGCCGGACUGGGCUCACAGGGUGGGAAACCACGUGGAGGAUACGGUGGUAAUGGCUAUGGCACACAGCCAGGUUACGGGGCUGGAGCUGGAGCCAGAGGCUAUCCACGACCAGGUGCUGGAGCUGGGUAUCCCAAUGGACAGGGAUCUAAGGGACCAAAACCGGGAUAUGGUGCAGGAGCUGGAGUGCCCAAUGGACAGGGUGCUAAACCCAAUGGGUAUGCUGCAGGAGCUGGAGGAGUUCCCACUGGACAGGGUGCUAAACCAUCCAAACAGGGAUAUGGUGCAGGAGCUGGAGUGCCCAAUGGACAGGGUGCUAAGCCCAAUGGCUACGGUGCUGGAGCAGGCAGCUACCCUGGGGCAGGAAACAACGGCUAUGGAGCAGGUGCCAGUCUGGGACAGGGAGGAUACCCCCAGGGUGGAGCAGGAGGAUACCCCCAGGGUGGAGCAGGGGGAUACCCCCAGGGUGGAGCAGGAGGAUACCCCCAGGGUGGGGCAGGAGAAUACCCCCAGGGUGGAGCAGGUGGAUACCCCCAGGGUGGAGCAGGAGGAUACCCCCAGGGUGGAGCAGGAAAACAAGGCAAAGCUGGCGGUGGUGCUAAUCUGGGACAGGGAGGAUACCCCCAGGGUGGAGCAGGUGGAUACCCCCAGGGUGGAGCAGGAGGAUACCCCCAGGGUGGAGCAGGGAAACAAGGCAAAGCUGGCGGUGGUGCUAAUCUGGGACAGGGAGGAUACCCCCAGGGUGGAGCAGGAGGAUACCCCCAGGGUGGAGCAGGUGGAUACCCCCAGGGUGGAGCAGGAGGAUACCCCCAGGGUGGAGCAGGUGGAUACCCCCAGGGUGGAGCAGGAGGAUACCCCCAGGGUGGAGCAGGGAAACCAGGCAAAGCUGGCGGUGGUGCUAAUCUGGGACAGGGAGGAUAUCCCCAGGGUGGAGCAGGAGGAUACCCCCAGGGUGGAGCAGGAAAAUCAGCAGGUUAUGGUGAUCAAAUGGGAGGAGCAUACCCCGGGGCCGGAGCGGGCAACGGAUAUGGGAAUGGUGGAGGCCCAGCUGGUGGGGCCAAUGCAGUGCCUGCAGGCUAUGGCAAUGGCUACGGUGCUAGUACUGGAGGCAAUGGUUAUGGAGCCGGGACUGGGUACCCAACAGUGUUAGCGGAUGGUGCUGCUGGGCUGGGAGGCAAGGCAGGGAAGGGAGCAGGAGGUCUUGGCGCAGGAGGAUAUCCACAGGGACAGGAGAAAUAUGGGGGAGGAGUCAGUCAGCUUCCUUACAAUGGAGCCCCAGUCAAUACUGCUGGACUGGAUGCAGGUGAUGGAAGCUUCCCUUAUGGUGCUCAGCAACUGGGCCUUGGUGGUGAUGGAGGCAAAUCCUCUGGCAAAUAUGGCAACGGUGGAUUGCCACAGGGUGCACAACAGGGUGCACAGCCUUAUGGACCUGCGACUGGUGGUGGAAAACCACCUUGCAAAAAUGGAAACGGAGGUGGCUUUGGAGCACAGCCAGCAGGCUAUGGUCAAGGACAGCUGGGUGCAGGUCAGAGUGCCCCCUACAGUAACGGAGCAGGAGGGAAGGAAAGCAAAUAUGGUGGUGGUGGACUGACUGGAUUCUUUGGAAAUGGGGGGUACAAAGGUUAAAUCAAUCAGCUGAGGCCUUCUUGAAGUGAAUAUUUGUUCCGUUCCGUCAUGUGUUCAUGGUGAUGUUUGUUGUUUGGUCUGUUAUUACAUUUAACUAUUCCAUUUUUGUUUUGUAUUUGUGUUUUUUGUUUAUGGUUCUUGUCUUUUCUAUUGUUGUGUGUCUGUCCCCUCUCUUCCUCUACUGGUUUUGGAGAUUGUGUUGCCAGUGUGUUUGUGUUCAUAUCUAUUUCACACUAAAGGGCAGAAAGCAACCACAUAAUGUCUGUCAGUCUCCUCAUUCUUUUAACCUUGGCACCAGUAUUGUAAAUGUACUGUACAUGUGAUGUGGGGGUUGAGUUUUAAGACUGAAGCUCUAUGAGUUUAAAUCAACACCAAAUAAAAUAAAAUGUAAAGACCUGUUCCCAAAACCUGA